ACUUUUGACAGAUAAUGUAUGCAGAUGACAAUAGGAAACCUAAACUUUUUCGUUUUCAAAAAUUGCAAAACCUGUACUUGACGGUCAGAUUUUCUUUUAGUUUCUUUUGUGUUAUAACUAGAUACAUUUAGUAUUAACUAACUAUGAUUUCAGAUCUCCAUUCUCAAGACAUAAUACUGUCGACACUCGCACAGAUCGAGCAAGAGAUUUGCGUUAAAUUCUUCAAUAGCCCAUUCAAUUAUAAUGCAACUACUGCAGAUAAGAUUCUGUUUAUUACUAAUGAGAAGAAGAAGAAAAGCUGCGAUCCAGAAGCGUUUGAUUUUAAUGGCAGUGUUGUUGACAUGACCGUUGGCUACAAGUGCGUGAACCAAGCUGAUAUAGCGAGGAUAGUGGUCGACAUGCUACGAGCUAGUAUCGGGACCGCUCUUGAUGCAGAGAGCGACAAGCUAGCGAAGAAAUACCAGCCGAGGGCGGCGACCCCAGCGCCCCCCAACCUGCUGACGGCGGCGGACCGCAACUACAUCAACGCGCACUACGCGGCCGAGUGUGCGCGGCUCACGCACCGCGGACUGGACCCCAGCUACAGGCGGGGGCUAGACAUGACAGACAUGGCGGCCCCGGAGCAGCUGUCUGCGGAAAACGCUCGGUAUUACCAGGACAAGGUGUGGCCGCUCGGGAUUGUCAUGUACGGGAUAGCUGAUGAUGUCCGCAACACUCCAGACCAUAAGACCCUGGAGCGCGCAAUGUCACAGCUGGAGCUAGCCAGCUCCUGUCUCAUCUUCACCGAGAUCGAAGGCGCGAGGAAUCUGCUGUGGUUCGGCAGGGAGGGAGAAGAUGUGCCGCACUUCGGGUUUGUGAAGGGGAAUCAGUCGCUAAAGCUAUCCUCGUUCACACACGGCGCGCCGGGGCACGCCGCGCACGCGCUGUCCCUCCUGCUGCGAGCUCUGGGCGCGCCCGCCGCCAGCAACCGACCGGAUAGAGACAACUAUGUGACCAUCAACUGGAAGUAUGUUGAGAAAGGUAAAGAGCACCUACUAGAAACCCUACCCGAAGCCUCCUGGCUGCGUCAGUUCCCCUAUGACUUCAAGAGCGCGACCCACGCGCCGGCCAACUACAUGUGUGGGGACGCGUGCCGGCUGGGAGAGCAGACCGUGGUGCCGCUACAGGACAGGCUUUGGUACCGCACUCUGACCAUGGGACAAACCACUGAACUGAGCGACAUCGACCAGGCCAUCCUAGACGCCUUGUAUCUGAGGGAAUGUCAGAAGCGGACCGUAUCGCCGUCGGUAGCGGCCGCAUCGCCGGUCGAGGCCUUUGAGGAGGAUAAUGCUGCAUUGGUGGAGGCUGGAGAGGAAUCACAAAAUGACGCUGUAACUGUCGAUGAAGCCAUAGACAAUUCAGAUCCAGACCAGGAUAACCAAACAACAGAUGACACACAGCCAGAAGAAACCACGAUUUCAACGGACACCUAAUUUAUUAAAUAAUGUUAAUAAUUUAAAAUAUCGUUUAUUUCGCUUCAACAACGAUGUUUUUUUAAAUCAGUAAAUAGAUAUAUAGGCAGUGUGCAAGUAGAUAUUAUAAACACUGCAUAGUAUUUUAGGUAUCACAGUUCGUAUUUAAAAAUCACAGUAAUGACUUCAACUCUCAUUUAAGGAGAAAUAGAUGUAUAAAAAAUAAUGACCUAGGUCCUACCUAAUACCUAGGUACUUAGACAAGUUGACUGUAGGACAGCUUAGUGUUUGCAUCGAA